UACUGUCAAAUGAAUUAUGCAACAAAAAGAAUGUCCCAACAACACUAAAGAUAUCGAAACAACAUCUUGCCCUACAUCGCCUAAAAUAUCAUUGGUCCAGGUACCCUCCCUUAACAUUCCAGUCUGCCGAAUAUGCCAAGCAACCUCGUCAAGCGAAGAACUGAUAUCACCAUGCUACUGCAAAGGAUCUCUGGCCUAUAUACAUUUAUCCUGCUUGGAACGAUGGUUGAACGAAUCCAGCAGGAACUACUGCGAACUUUGUAAGUACCGAUUUGACGCCAUCCGAACUCAAAGGUACGGAUUGUGGCAAGGGUUAAGAAUAUGGAUACUCCAUCCAAGAAAUCGAAGACAUAUUCAGUCAGAUUUUAUAGUAGGGUUCUUACUGACUCUGGUCACAGCAGGAUUGUUAGCUGUUUGUAUUUACGGUAUGGAGUUCUUUGUAAACGAAGCUAACAGAAUUGGAAUGGGCAAAACGUGGAUUCGGUUUGUGGUGAUCACCUUUCUUAUAAUCAUUCUAUUGGGAUACGUGAUAUCGAUUUAUCUUCUGGUGAGGGAUCAUUUUACUCCAUGGUAUCAGUGGUGGAGGAGGACGGUGAACAUUCAGUUAAGGUUUCCUUGCCAAGGAGAAGAAACUGAAGGAUAGUUUAAAUCACCAAGCUUAGCCCAGUUUAAAAGAAAUCUACAUAAUGGUAUAUAUACCUAGAAAUGCGACUUAUAUACCUACAAAGUGAGAACUUUAUUAUAUCAUACACUUUUCUUAUUUAUUUCUUGUAGUAAACAUGUUAUUUAAAUUCCAAAUAAACCAUAAUUAUUUAC